UGGAAUACCGCAUCUAUAAAUAAACGGGGCCUUGCCAAGGCAGAUUAUUUCCCCAAGUCUUAGCGUUAGUGUAGUUUUUAAUAUCGGGAUGCCCGAACCCACCAAGUCGGCUCCGGCCCCGAAGAAGGGCUCCAAGAAGGCGGUGACCAAGGCGCAGAAGAAGGACGGCAAGAAGCGCAAGCGCAGCCGCAAGGAGAGCUACUCGGUGUACGUGUACAAGGUGCUGAAGCAGGUGCACCCCGACACGGGCAUCUCGUCCAAGGCCAUGGGCAUCAUGAACUCGUUCGUCAACGACAUCUUCGAGCGCAUCGCGGGCGAGGCGUCCCGCCUGGCGCAUUACAACAAGCGCUCGACCAUCACGUCGCGGGAGAUCCAGACGGCCGUGCGCCUGCUGCUGCCCGGGGAGCUGGCCAAGCACGCCGUGUCCGAGGGCACCAAGGCCGUCACCAAGUACACCAGCUCCAAGUGAACUUGCCAAAUGAACGACUUCAGCAGUCUCGUCCUUGACUUACACUCCCAGCUGCCUUCCAAACCUUGGCUGCAGGAAAGAAGCCUGAGGAGAGGUGGAGAUCACGUUGGGGGAAGUUCCGGGUUCUUGAGCUUCAUUCUGGUGGCAUGUGUUUGCAGCGCUACACAGGAAAAAAGGCUCCCUUUGCUUUACUUGAA